GAGUAAUAUGAGCAUGCUAUGGUUGUACAGUUUGAGCAGCAAGCCCGCGUGCUAGAUGAAGUUGGCGCUAGAACACAGAACACUCUAAGACGCACUAAGUUUUUGUUAAGUUUAUCAUCGUGCACAAGACAGAAAAAAGCAUGACGAAUUUAACGUCUCCUUCGUCUCCGGUGCUAGAAGACGGCACACCACGUAUUGAGGAGGUUUCGGAAGACGCUGCCGUGGGAAGGACCGUAAAAAACGACGAGGAGACACUUGGGAAGACCGUGCCAGCGUCUGCUCUGCUUGGAGAUGUAAAAGACAACCCGGAAUGGGUUCUCUUAAGGCUCUGGACAGUUUUCUCAAGUAGUACAACAUCACAUCACUAGUUCAAUAGAUUAUUUGGUCUCUCCACUCUUGUGAUGAGACGAGCUCUAAUCCUUGCCGAGGAGUUACCAGCGGCGAUGGACAAGUAUGAAGGCCUCUGGACCACCGAGGACCCGGAAGAUGACCCUUAUAAAUCGAAGUACGCGGGAAGAAAAGUCCUGGAAGAGGUCUUGGAGAAGUUAGAGAGUCACGUAUUCACGAAAAAAGCACUGAAAUUAAGGUUUGCUUUUAUAUUUGUAAGUGUCCAUCUUUCUCGGUAUCUUGGUACCCUUUUCCCUUGUAUUCUCAUGAAAUACAAGGUGCAAGGGGUCAAGACGAGGGGGCCGAGAUGCAAUCUAGCAGACUCUAACGAAAGUCGCGGAAACACUAGAAGAGCGGGGUGGUAGUGGUGGUGCGUCAGGUGGGUCAACGGGUGUUGCAGGACUCUUAAACGAUCAGAACGCCUUAGAGGCCAUGGUUUUGGAGCAACAAGGUGGAAGUUCUGGUAGCACGUCUACAUCUUCUGGCCCAAUUCCAACGGGUAAUAGUAUGAUCGUGAAUGCACCUGGUGGCCGCUCAAAUCCCCUACGACAACGGUUACGCGAAAACAUCGCAGAUUUGUACCGUUUGCUGGGAAAGAACUACUAUUUCUGCGAAGAAGUGCCGGCGGGAGAAGCGAGACUGGUGCGGGCAUUGUACGAAUACAUUGGCUUGGAGAACCGUACGGCGAUAUUGCCGAGACUGCAGGAAACAUUGAAUCAAUUGGGCAUGAUAUGGGUACAGCGGGGAAAUUGCUCUAAAGCGCUGGACUUUCUGAGGAGGGCGCAGGUGAGAAAAAGAAGAUCAAGAUUUCUAUUUUCGAUGUGAAGCUGAAGACAGGUUUGCUUCUACCUAAAGUACGCGACAGCUCAUACAUAAUCAUCUUGAAGAAGAUAACAGCUAUACUCGCCUGCUAUUGCAUGCAUCCUUUCCCACACAAAAAAUUAAAGUGUUAUCUUUACUACAUCCCCUAUCAACAUCUUUACACAUCCCAUCCCCUGUUGUUCUCUUUACAUAUGACAGAUCUUCAGGUUCUCUACCAUCGCAAGCCCGCUAAGAUGCCUGGGAAUAGUGAAGAACAUUGCGAUAAUUACUACACUUUGACCCAGUUCUAUCUUGCCCAAGCCUACGGCGCGAUGCAAAACAGCGGUUUGUCGGCAAAGUAUUGCUGCGAAACCCUCUCUCGUCAGCUGCAAUACAACACGCGCAAGAAAAAGAAGAAGGCGGGAGCAUCUUCUGGUACGUCGAAAGAUGAUGGAACAAAUGCUAAAGAUGACAAAGCAGAACAAAGUCAAAGUCCCACUAACAAGGCUGAAGGUGUGCAAGAAGAAGAAAAAGAAAUCGAGGAUCCAUUCGAUGUGAGGGACUGGGCCAGAAACUGUAUUGGUCUGGCCGAAUACUUCAGCGCAAAGUGCAUGUUCUGGACAGCGGAAUACGUGCUUUUUGCAGCUCUAGUGCUUUUAACGGACACUGAGGUUUCCUUGGAUGGGGUGACCAAAGUACGAGACACCUUGCAUGAUCCAGAUGAAAUGUUACGGAUAAGUAGCCGUGGUAGGUCGAGAAUUGUGAUGAACGAUUUAGACUUACAGGAACCUUGAUGGGAAAGCAUGACUUACAAAUCCUACAACCACUACAUCCGAGAUUUUCUCCUAGUAUGCAUCACUUUUCUACUUCUACUACUCUUACCUCUAGGGCUCUAACUCCCAUAGCCGAGAUCCGCAAGAAUUUGGGCUCUGUCUAUUCUGGUCGGCUGCAGUUUUCGAAAACGUGUGCUGAGCUAACCGAAGAAAAGGAAAUCAUCAAGGCCUGGGAAGAUUUCGCGAAGGAGCAUGAAGAGGCGUUAGUACAUAUAAGCGGAGCGGGGGAGGAAGGUAUGAUGAGGAAGCUUACCGCAACAUCAUCGAAAGUAGUGCAUGAUGUUAAAACAGUGGAUGAAGCAUCAAGUCAGUGUAAACAUUCUGCUUUUUUUUUCUCUCCAUAUGAGAAAAAGACGCCAGGAAAGGUUUUUCCGUUGAUUCUAAAAUAGAUACUGAGGUACUGUAAGUAUCCAGUAUCUUCCUCUACCUCUUCUAACCAAGAUGCACCCCCCGUCAUCCAAGGAGGUUCCUCUCCUAGCAGCAAGGCCGCAACAGCGACUAAAGGGUCCCAACCGACAGGAGAGCGUUUGGAGUUUGAUAAGAUGCAUUGGCCUUACGGGAAUGCGUAUCCGAGGACUCUAGACGACGCGACACUGCUGUUCGAUGAAAAGUUCCCGGCUACUGUGAGUGUCGCUGAUGCUGAAGUGAACGACGGUCGCAGGGCAGCGGAGAAGCUGCUCUCUGAAGCGGAAGCACAGGACUUGAUAGCUGAGCAAGAGGCGGAGAAUGUUAGACAGUUGGUACUACUGGGAGCUUGAGAAUGACUUUGAAUCAGGAGAAAGUAGUUACAGUUACUUUCUAACUGGGAGCUUGAAAAUGAACCACAGGGUUCUUUACUGUUUAUGUCUUCAUUUCUCAGUCAUCUGAAAGUUGUACUUAAUUCAUUGUGUAUAUAAUAGCCACCGUCGGCAUCUGUCCCUAAGUCCUAACUUAUUAACCCAACUUCAUUAGCCUUCACUCACAACAGCGAACCGCCGUUCUUCGCCUUUCCUCCUCUGCUGAUGCCAAAGCGGCUGACGCAAAAGCGCAUUUUCUUCAAGUCGCGGUCUUUUUUCCGAAACUGCAUAAGCGCAUUGAACACAAGAUGAACGCCAUGGAUCGGGAGUUCUUCAAGGUACGUGAAACGGGCUACAAAAUCACAACUAACGUCGCUCUUGCAGCUGGUCCGCGGUACGAGGAGUCUAAGGAGCUCUUCAAAGUGAGUAAUCACUUUUUCACGCAAGCUUUGGACUUUUACAAGUUGGACGGAUGGUGCACGGACCAUCUGAAGGUCCUACAGGAGAUAUCGAAUCUGUACUUAUGGCUGAGGAACGAAACGAUGCUUUCUACCUCCUCAUGCGAAUUUCUACCCCCUAGGUGCUCAAGUCCUGAGAUGAACUAAACCCGCGUGUCUAAUCUGCCGUCACCUAAGCAGUUGGGAAACCGAUGCUGGACGCAAGAGCGCGAUGUACGUUCGGCGGCACAAGAUGCUGAGUCCGCUAUUGGACCAACUCAGCAAACAUCAUUUCAGAAGUACUUUUUGCUCCUUUAGCGACCCCGAAACAACCCUUUAGUUUAUUUUUUUCCCCCGUUGCGUUCUUUAUGUUGUAGCUUAUUCAAGUUUACUAGAAUCUGACUUCUUCCUCGCCACCUCCACCUCCACUGCACCACCUUACCAGACUACUGGCGGCAAAUCAGCUACGAAUGUGGGGAGAUCUAUCACGACCUGGCAGACCUGGCAGAGGCCAAUUUUCACAAGAAAAAGGACUUAAAGAGUGGGCAGAAGGUGAACUCGCAUAUCGUGGCAUCUCGAAACUUCUUCAAGAUGUUCACCGAUACCUACGACACUGACGAAAGAGGGGAUGUGCAUAAGCUGGAGCCUGCGGAUGGACGCGCAUAUGCACAUGCGAAAAUCAAUGCGGCAAGAAUGGGUACUUCGGUGUCUAUUUCUGAAGUAGAAGAGGUUCUCAGGGGACUUUCAUCUCUCUACCCCCGUAAUGCAUAUUUCGGGUCUUCAUUCUUCUGUAGUAUCCUCAGAGAGCCCUCUUCUAGAACAAGAGAACCGUCUGCAGUGGUGAGCCGGGCUGGUGCUCGGACGCGGCUUCAACCCGCGGGGGGCAGAGAUGCCCAGGGGUUCGAUUCCUCCUCCGCUGCGAUUUUCUAAGGAGUCACUGAAAACAACUCGAAAUCAAACGGAAAGCUGCGUAAGCCUAGAAGUCACGAAAGUCAAUGAAAAUAACUUGAAAUCAAACGGAAAGCUGAAUACAGCACCCUACUCUCCUUCCAGCAGCUACAUCCAAAAAUCUACUCCGAAAAAACCCGGCAGGUUCCAAGUUCGUCGGCAUGGACAAGAAAGCGCAUGUCGAAAUGCUCAAAUCCGUUAUUGACGAGUACAAUGGGAUUAGCCGGUGGCUAGAUAAGGUCGAAAAAAAGCAAGACUUGGGUCUCGAAGCGGAGGAAGCCCUUGUUUAAGGAUUUCCGAAUUACAUCCCUCACUACCCUCCUUGGCUCCUUUUCAAGAAGAAAAUAGGUCAAGGAUGUUCUGAAGAAUGCAAUUCGGCAACCUCUAACUUGUCCGAGAAAUGUGCAGUUUGUUGCCGGCUCAGCUUGAACGAGUUCUGAGAGCGCCUAGUUAGAAAGAGAACUGAUGCAAGGGCGCGCGGAGUACCAAGUACGUCUUGGGUAGCUUGUGUUAAGGUUGCACCGUCGAACGUCUAUUGAUGAGAGCCCGGCUCUCCAGCAGAAAUUUGUUUGAUCGUUAAGAACCAGAAUGCAGUCCUCGUGCUUGUGAAAUAGUACUGAUGUCAACUACCAUUUAUUUUGAUUUUUUCACAGUAAGAAUGUUGAUGGCAAAGACCCUGUUCUUCGAGUCAUUAUGGGACGCCUUCUGACGUGCCCUUUCAUAUCGAAACUCGUUCCGUAGUAAAUUCAAAUCGAUUUUUCUUAUGCCACGUGG